AUGCGCGCCUCGGUAAUUUGGGCAAAACCAUUGACGCCGGCGCUAGUGGUCCUAGGACUCCACGUACUCGCCGCCUAUGGCUCCAGGUCCGGCUCUGAGACCGCCGUGACCACCGCGCCGGCUGCCACAGAGGUAUGCGAGUCAAGAACCAUCAACUACAUCACCCACACCCUCCCACAGCAAUGUCUGCGGACCUCAUGGACGAGUCCCACCCCAGCCGUCACCCCCGACGACUCUACAAUCCAGCCCGCCGUCACGACUACUGCCACGACAGCCACCGAGACCCCAGGGUCAACCCAAGACAAUGAAACGGUACAAGAGCAGGACGCCCAGGAGGAGCUGGCCGCAAGCUCCUUCAUGUCGUUCGAGGAGUGGAAGGAGAUGAUGUUGCGGAAGUCGGGGCAGGAUCCCGCCAACAUCAAAUCCCAAAAGCAGCGCGAACACCGAGAACGGGACCCAAGCAUGAACAGCGGGGAUGUCGACAGCUUUGGGGAAGAGGGGGAAAUCGCGCUCGAUUUUGACGCCCUGGCCGAGAAGGUGUCUGAGAUCACGUCGUCCACCGACAAAGCUACCCCAAAGACGGACGAGGCGGCGAAAGAAGAGCAAAUCUUCUACGACGACGGCAAGACGCAGUACUACCGGAGCAAGGACGCCGGCAAAACGUGCAAGGAGAGAUUCUCCUACGCAUCCUUCGAUGCCGGCGCGACGGUCCUCAAGACGAGCGCCCGUGCUAAGAAUGCCAAGGCUAUCCUGGUCGAGAACAAGGACUCGUACAUGCUCCUAGAAUGCCGCGCCAAAAACAAGUUCGUCAUCGUCGAGUUGAGCGACGAUAUUCUUGUCGAUACCGUCGUCCUAGCCAAUUUCGAGUUCUUCUCUAGCAUGAUUCGCAAGUUCAGGGUUAGCGUCAGUGACCGCUACCCCGUGAAGUUGGACAAAUGGGUAGACCUAGGCACCUUUGAAGCCCGUAACGCGCGAGACAUGCAGGCUUUCUUGAUCGAGCAUCCUCAAAUCUACACCAAGUACCUCCGCAUCGAGUUUCUGAGCCACUGGGGCAACGAGUUCUACUGCCCGGUAUCACUGCUCCGCGUCCAUGGCACCCGUAUGCUGGAUACGUGGAAGGAGCCAAACCACGAUGACGAGCCGGAGCAGAUUCAAGGGUCAACCCAAGAGCCUGCAGCGGAGCCGCAGCAAAUGCAGGAGCCAACAAACAGUGAAAAUCCAUCAGUGGUUGAGACUGAGGAGAUUGCUCCCCGUGCCUCCAUAGAAAUGGGCCUUAGCCCCUGGCGUCCUCUUUUCCAGGGGAAUUUCUCACUCCAAGUGUGCGAACUACGUUCGCCAACGACGGCCGAUCCCACACCUGUCGAGUCAGGUUCGGUUAUACCACCCAAAAAACCUGCCGCGGCCCCCGAUUCGGUGACUCCGCGCCCAUCGGCACCCUCAGUCGACGACGCACCUCGGUCCCGCCCAGGCAAUUCGUCCUCGUCCGAGCCCGCAUCUCCUGGAGCGUCCGUCUCCCAGGGGCAUUCCGGGGGUGCUGCCGCUUCCAGCGCCCCUUCAACACCACCGCAGGCCAACGAUAAUACAGCCAGCAACUCAGGUCAGAAACAGUCGGAUGGCAAGGGGGACACCGCGGAGAACUCAUCUACCACCACAACCACCCCCCGCAACAAGACCAGCUCCGUCUCCUCCGCGUCUGCCUCCCCUACCGUACAAGAAUCUUUCUUCAAGACCAUGACCAAACGUCUCCAACUCCUCGAGUCCAACACGUCCCUCUCUCUCCAGUACAUCGAAGAGCAGUCCCGUUUUCUGCAAGAAGUGCUCCUCAAGAUGGAGCGCAAGCAGAUAACGCGAGUCGACUCCUUCCUUGACACCCUCAACAAGACGGUCCUCUCCGAGCUCCGCAACGUGCGCACGCAGUACGACCAGAUCUGGCAGAGCACCGUACUCGCCCUCGAAACCCAGCGUGAGCAAUCCCAAGGCGAGAUCGUCGCCCUCACCUCUCGCCUCAAUAUCCUUGCCGACGAAGUCGUCUUCCAAAAGCGCAUGGCCAUUCUCCAAAGCGUCCUCCUCCUCGCCUGCCUCGUCCUCGUCAUCUUCAGCCGCGGUGGCCUCGCCGCCCUCGACAGCGCCUCCUUCCCCAAUUUCCCCCCGGCCUCCACCGGCACCACGUACCGCCGCUACGGCUACGCCCGCUCCGACUCCCUCUCCGGCAUCUCCAUGCCCAGCUCAUCGCCCCCACACCCGGGCCCUAACGGCCAGCCACCAAACGGAGCAGCUGCCGCCCAAAACUACAGCAACAACAACAACAAUAAUAACAACGGUAACAACCUCGCCACCUCCGCCCUCCCGCGCCACCUCUACCCGACGUCGUCCUCCGCUUCUUUCCGAGACAAGACCCUUCCCCUAACCCCGCCAUCCGAGUACAGCAGGGAAAGCACGCCGGCAACAUCACGCCUCAACCACCUCCACCACAGCCCCGAACCGCGCUUCUAUGAGAAGCAAGACCCGGACCAGGACCAGGACCCCGAGCAAGAACCAGGGCAGGAACAGGAACAAGAACAGGAAUACGGGACGCCAUCGCGCCCACGCCCACGUCGACGCCACACGGCGUCUGCGGCAUUGACAACAAUGCCAGCAUCGGACGCAGAUGCCGAGGUCUCUUCCAUUGAGAUAAAUCCCGGCAUGACAGAAGAAAUCGCAUCUCCGCCACGAAGGGGAGAGGAAGAAAAGGGGCAAGAGGUGCAAGAGGAGGGGAAGCCACCGUUGUUGAGAGCCCGGUCAUCGCAGCUGGGCGGGCUUAGGAAGCCUUUACCGGCGCUGCCCGAGGACCCGAGCUAA